CCAGAACCUGCUUAAUCUUUUCUUUUCUUCUCUUCACCAUUCUCUCUGGUUUUAGGGUUUCGCGAGAUUGCAAACGGCUCGCCUUUAGCUACUCUCGCUCUCAUCUCGAAGUUAAAGAGCUAAGAUGGAUAUGGUCAAAAGAGAUAAUGAUCCAAUGGAAUGGUCCACUGUCCCUUACAACACUCCUCUCCAAGGACCUACCUCCAACGGCAAGCAACGAACUUCAAGCUUAGAAGCACCCAUUACGCUACUAACCGGACACCAAAGCGCUAUCUACACCAUGAAGUUCAACCCUUCUGGAACCGUGAUCGCCUCCGGUUCUCACGACAGAGAGAUCUUCCUCUGGAGAGUUCACGGAGACUGCAAAAACUUUAUGGUUCUCAAAGGUCACAAGAACGCUAUCCUCGAUCUUCACUGGACCAGCGACGGCUCGCAGAUCGUAUCAGCCAGUCCUGAUAAAACCGUUAGAGCUUGGGAUGUCGAGACAGGGAAACAGGUUAAGAAGAUGGCUGAGCAUUCCUCGUUUGUGAAUUCUUGCUGCUCUUCGCGUCGUGGGUUGCCUCUUAUAGUUAGUGGUUCUGAUGACGGCACUGCUAAGCUCUGGGACAUGCGUCAGAGAGGAGCUGUGCAGACGUUUCCUGAUAAGUACCAGAUCACAGCCGUGAGUUUCUCUGAUGGAGCUGAUAAGAUAUUCACUGGGGGUGUGGAUAACGAUGUUAAAGUGUGGGAUUUGAGGAAAGGUGAAGCGAUUAUGACCCUUGAGGGUCAUCAAGAUACGAUAACUGGUAUGAGCUUAAGUCCAGACGGGUCUUAUCUUCUCACUAAUGCUAUGGACUGUAAGCUUUGUGUUUGGGAUAUGCGUCCUUACGCUCCUCAGAACCGGUGUGUGAAGAUCUUUGAAGGGCAUAUACACAACUUUGAGAAGAACUUGUUGAAGUGUGCGUGGUCACCUGAUGGUACGAAAGUCACAGCGGGUAGUGCGGAUAGAAUGGUUCAUAUAUGGGACACGACGACUAGGAGGAUUCUGUAUAAGCUUCCGGGUCAUAAUGGGUCUGUUAAUGAGUCUGUCUUCCAUCCUCAUGAACCAAUCAUUGGAUCUUGCAGUAGUGAUAAACAGAUUUAUCUAGGUGAGAUCUGAGUUGUUGCCUAUAAGAGUGUAGAAAGCUUAUUGUCUGAGUAUGUUGUGGCUUGGAUUAAGAUGAGACAAUGAAUCUUUGUAAUGUUCUCAGUUUUUGGUAAACACAUCUAUGUGAAUUCAAUGAGUAUAUGUUUCUAGAGAUUCAUUCCUUUGUUUUGUCGUUAAUAGCAUGCAACAGAAAUAUGCAGACCGGUUUUGGUUUGUUUAUUAAG